AUGAAUAAGAACAUGAAGAAGGAUAAGAGCAAGAACAAUGAUAAGAAUAAGAACAAGGAUAAGGAUAAGGACAAGAACAAGGAUAAGGAUAAGGACAAGAACAAGGACAAGGACAAGAACAAGGAUAAGGAUAAGGACAAGAACAAGAACAAGAACAAGGACAAGAACAAGAACAAGAACAAGGACAAGAACAAGAACAAGAACAAGGACAAGAACAAGAACAAGGACAAGGACAAGGACAAGGACAAGAACAAGGAUAAGGACAAGAACAAGAACAAGAACAAGAACAAGGACAAGGACAAGAACAAGGAUAAGGACAAGAACAAGAACAAGGACAAGGACAAGGACAAGGACAAGGAUAAGGAUAAGGACAAGAACAAGAACAAGGACAAGAACAAGAACAAGGACAAGGACAAGGACAAGAACAAGAACAAGGACAAGGACAAGGAUAAGGAUAAGAACAAGGACAAGGAUAAGAACAAGAACAAGGAUAAGAACAAGGACAAGAACAAGGACAAGGACAAGAACAAGGAUAAGGACAAGAACAAGAACAAGGAUAAGGACAAGAACAAGGACAAGGACAAGGACAAGAACAAGGAUAAGGACAAGAACAAGAACAAGGAUAAGGACAAGAACAAGGAUAAGGACAAGAACAAGGACAAGGACAAGGACAAGGACAAGAACAAGGACAAGGACAAGAACAAGGAUAAGGACAAGAACAAGGACAAGGACAAGAACAAGGAUAAGGACAAGAACAAGGAUAAGGACAAGAACAAGGACAAGGACAAGGACAAGGACAAGGACAAGAACAAGAGCAAGAACAAGGAUAAGGAUAAGAACAAGGACAAGGACAAGGACAAGGACAAGAACAAGGACAAGGACAAGAACAAGGACAAGGACAAGAACAAGGAUAAGGACAAGGACAAGGACAAGGACAAGGACAAGGACAAGGACAAGAACAAGGACAAGGACAAGAACAAGAACAAGGACAAGGACAAGGACAAGGACAAGAACAAGGACAAGGACAAGGACAAGAACAAGGACAAGAACAAGAACAAGGAUAAGGACAAGGACAAGGACAAGACCAAGGAUAAGGACAAGAACAAGAACAAGGAUAAGGACAAGAACAAGAACAAGGAUAAGGACAAGGACAAGAACAAGGAUAAGGACAAGAACAAGAACAAGGAUAAGGAUAAGGACAAGAACAAGAACAAGGAUAAGGACAAGGACAAGGACAAGAACAAGAACAAGGAUAAGGAUAAGGAUAAGGACAAGAACAAGGAUAAGAACAAGAACAAGGAUAAGAACAUGAACAAAGAUAAGGACAAGAACAAGAACAAGGAUAAGAACAAGAACAAGAACAAGAACAAGGACAAGAACAAGGACAAGUACAAGGACAAGAACAAGGACAAGGAUAAGGACAAGAGCAAGGAUAAGGACAAGAACAAGAACAAGGAUAAGGACAAGAACAAGAACAAGGACAAGGACAAGAACAAGGAUAAGGACAAGAACAAGGAUAAGGACAAGAACAAGAGCAAGGAUAAGGACAAGAACAAGGAUAAGGACAAGAACAAGGAUAAGGACAAGAACAAGAGCAAGGAUAAGGACAAGAACAAGGAUAAGGACAAGAACAAGAACAAGGAUAAGGACAAGAACAAGAACAAGGAUAAGGACAAGAACAAGGACAAGAACAAGAACAAGAACAAGGACAAGAACAAGAACAAGAACAAGGAUAAGGACGAGAACAAGAACAAGGACAAGAACAAGGACAAGAACAAGGACAAGGACAAGAACAAGAACAAGAACAAGGACAAGGACAAGGACAAGAACAAGUUAACUCCAAAGGGAGCAACUGGUGUCAACAAUAAACCUCAGAUCCUGGAGUUGUGUUUUUGUUAG